ACUGUUCCGGUUUGUACCGGGAGUAAUGAAAGAAAUAGCAAGUAUGGAGUCACUAACAGAGCAAAGCGGGCUCUCUCGGGCAGAGAGAAAAGCUCUUGAAAGAGCUAAACUCGUUCAAAAGGAGACUCAGAGAAAAAAUUUUAAACUGGUGGCCGGGAUAUUAAAGAAACCCGAACGCGAGCGAACCCAAGAGGAGUGCGCUUUACUCGAAGGGCAUCGAGACACCGUGCAAGAGCUGAGCAAACGCCAGGCUCGGAGAAACCUCCUCAAACUGAAACAGGAAGAGCUCUUUGAUGAUGAGGCGGAUCUGAGCACCAAAGUGAAGCAGCUGGCCGAAGCGAUGCGUCAGGCUCGCCACGUUGUCGUCUACACCGGAGCCGGGAUCAGCACGGCUGCUUCCAUCCCGGAUUACCGCGGGCCUAACGGAGUGUGGACUCAGCUCCAGAAGGGACGCGCUGUCAGGCACUCGGACCUCAGCGAAGCAGAACCGACUCUGACUCACAUGUGUAUCCAGAUGUUACACAAAGUCAAAGUGGUUCAACACGUGGUCUCUCAAAACUGUGACGGUCUCCACUUGCGCAGCGGGCUUCCCCGACACGCCCUGUCUGAGCUGCAUGGGAAUAUGUUCAUCGAGGUGUGUGUGUCGUGCUCUCCGGUUCGCGAGGUGAUCCGUCUGUUCGAUGUGACGGAGCGCACGGCGUUGCACAGGCACGCCACGGGCCGGCGGUGCGCCCACUGCAGAGGGGAGCUGAGGGACACCAUAGUGCACUUCGGUGAGAGAGGCACCCUGGAGCAGCCGUUAAACUGGAAAGGUGCCGCGGCGGCAGCAGAACAGGCCGAUCUCAUCCUCUGCCUCGGCUCCAGUCUGAAGGUCCUGAAGAAGUAUGCGUGCUUGUGGUGCAUGAAAAAAACAGCUGCUAAGAGACCAAAGCUAUAUAUUGUCAACCUUCAGUGGACACCAAAAGAUGAUUUGGCCACUCUGAAAAUACAUGGAAAGUGUGAUGAUGUAAUGCGUCUCCUGAUGGAAGAGUUGGGAGUUGAAAUUCCAACUUACAACAGAUCCGAAGAUCCCAUCUUCAGCUUAGCCGCCCCUCUCAGAGUGGACGAAGAGGACAGUCACAGCCGUAAAACCUUAGCGCCCCCUGCUGCGUUGGAGCACUCUGAGUCUGAUUCAGCGAGUCAAGCUGAAGAGACUGGAGUACAGGGUGGCUGGUUUGGGCGAGGUUAUUCCAAGGCAAGGAAGAAAAGAAAAACUACAUAGUGACAUGGAGUUUUGCUUCAGGAUAGCAGAGUUUUUGCUUCAAAGAAACAUUCCACCAGCAAUCCAUAUAUUUAUGAUCAUACUGCAAAUCCAGCUAUUUUGAUAUAUUAUUAUGAGACAGUUUGGUCACCUGGAUGACUGAAAAUACUUUACUAAGAAGUGCAGAUGUGUUCUCAAUAGAAAAACAGUGAGGUUUCUAUUCACCUGUUAGGAUAAUAAAACUGCCAAUAAAUGCAAUCAAGGAUAAUAGAAACAGACUUUGAAACUAUCAAGUCCAGUAGGUGUAUAUAAGCAUGCAAUCAGGUAAAAUAACUAAACCAGCCUUAACCUCAGUAUAAAAGUGUCUCUGCUGCAAAUAAUUACAGUUUCAGUGCUGUGUGGAAUGUUUCUUUAAGAUAUUAAUUGCAUUAGGACUGUGCCAGAUUUUCAGUAUUAUCCAUUUGCACCUUAUGUUUAUUCUCUCAGGUAUUAAGCAAAACUUGAUGCAUUCAAUUAUGCUUAGAAUCAGUGUUGAGAGAAGCUUAAAUGAAGUCUAAUUCUGACUCCUGUGUGGUUGAGUUUUGUUUUACUUGCUCCACCACAUCUAGUGUGCACAAGGUCAGAAAUUUGAUGAAAUCUGUAGUGAAGAUUUUAUAAAAGUGGCUUGCUACUUUAAAAUGUCUUCUAUAGACUAGGACAAAGUCAGUUUAUCAAUAAUGCACAGCAGUGGUCAUCCAUUACGGUGCUUUCACACUUGCCAUUUUUUCCCCCUGUCAACCAUCAGAGCAGGUUUUACAUGAAGUCCUCUGGAAAGUGGCCGCAAGCAGGUUCAGUUGAAGUAUCAGUGAAGGAGAUUUACUACGUGUUGAAAAGACAAUAUUUUUAUUGCCAAUAUUUCAACAU